GGUGAUCUGUCAAAUCUCCAACUGCAAAACUGAAAUUGUCUGGGACAAAUUCGUGUUACUUCUUGUAAAUCACAUCUUUUUCUCUAUAAUAUUUAGAUUACUUGUUUUUAUAUAAAUGUAGUUGUUGUGUUAAAUUUGUAUGUGGUUUGUGUAAAGUGCCAAAUUAAUGCCUCCACUCUAUUGGUAUCAUGAAUCAGUUUGAUCAUAAUAUAAACAAAGAUAUGAGUGAUUCUGAUCUGAUCGACGUGGAAUCUUUGGAUUUUUCGGAUGAACAGACAUGGUUGUACAAAGUCCCAGAAGAUUCAGGUGCGAAGAUCGACAUAGUGGACUGGAGUCUGUCUCUUGACUGGCCGGUAUAUGAGGACGAGGAAUAUGACAACACUGAGAAACAACUGUAUGCUGUGCUCGAUGAAAUCCUUAAAAAACAAGUCCUGGCAAUGCCAGACAAGCACAAAUUCGAUUCGCGGACCUACGUGAAGCCGAAGAAGCGAGUCCAAAGGCCGAGCAUCCACAACAUCGUUGAGGGCAGCUCAAACCCUCCCUCCAUUUCGCCUAACAAUUCCCUCAUCACUUCAGGCAAUAAAUACCUAACGUAUAACAAAUAUACCUCACCCUUAGGACCUAUAGGGCCGAUGUUAAGACUGAAGACAUUCAAUGUUGACACCAAUACGGAGAACAGUACAGCUGUGAAGGAAUAUGCCAUGAAGAGGAGGAGUUUGGUGUCUGACGAUGAUCCACAGCUGGAAGACAUAGACAUGACCCUGGUGUCCGAGGGUUCAGAGCGGCUGUCAGAACCAACCAUGACGCGGCCCAUCAACAUCGACUUGUCCCAGCCCGCGCACAACCUUCACAACACCUUCAACAAAGGCAUGAUGAUCAGCGACAGAGGCAGCCUGAACAUGUACCAGAGCGGUGAGUCGCUGAUGCGGAUGUCUCCACCAAGCCUGGUCUCAUCCCUGUUGAUGGAACAUUCUGGCACCUUCAACCCUGAGUCCUUGGAGGGGAGGAAGUCUUUGACCGUGCAUAGGGACUCUGGCGUAACAUCAGGCCGAGAAAGUCUAGAUCCAAUGAUGACGAGCAUGACGCUCAGCAUUUUGGAUGAGAAAGAUAUGAGCACAAGUUUCCUGUCCCAAACUACAUACCCUGACAACGACAGCCUGAUGGACUCAUUACCACCAAGCCUGGUCAGCUCUGUCAACUCCUCAUACGUCGUCUCAAACACCACACCCAAACCGAGAUCCGAUAGUGUCGACUCAAACAACAUAUUCAGCUCGGCAACCUUCACCCACCUAGAACAAUCAGAGAAGCUACUCUCUGCGCGCCCGCGACACCAAAUGUACAACAGCUUCAAACGUGAAACACCCAUGCGCAACUCCGAGAGCUACACAAAAGCGAGGGAAGAGGCCUGCCAAAUAGACAGCGCAAAAAUACUGAACGAAAACAUUGAUAAGAAGGAGGCUAAAGUUUCCAAACCUAAUGAGAUGGCAGAAACUAUUACGCUGCACUACUCAAACAACAAGUUCAGAAGAAACAUUGACGCUGAGAAGGAAAACGUGAACUCUUCUUUCGAGAAGGAUGACGCUUUCUACAAAGACAUGGGCAUGCCUGGAAAACCGAUAGACGUGGCUAGAAACAGUCUCAACGUUACACUAGACAAGCAGGAGCUGAACGAAAUAAUACAAGCGAGACAGAAGCUUUCUUUAGCAAGGAAAGCGUUGCCAAACGAACCAGAAAGGUCGUUGCCCAAUCAGGUGGAAGUGUCUCCGACUAAGACGUUCAUAUCUACUAAUCAGCCUAUGGCAGUCCCAAGGAAGAGUAUGGACAAUGCUUCGGAGUUGCUUUCAAGGAGAAGAGCCUACGCCAAUGGGUAUGAUAAGCAGGAAGAGCCGGUGAGAGAGCCCCCGAAGAGGAACGCGACGUUUAAGAAGACGUCGCCAAGAGCGUCUAUGGAUACGACGGUAGUGUUUGUGAAGGAUGACAAUCCGAUUAUAGAUAUCAACUCGGCUACUUUGAAUCUCAUCGACGCCAGUGAAAGAACAUUGCAACAAGAGGAGUGGAGUUCUCAGGAACGUGCUAUGGUUGGGUCCAGCGAGAGCACGGACACGGCUACCUUCAGUUCUUCUAGCCCACCCGACAGCGUGCCCGACACCGCUGCCAAUGAUCCACGUGCACACGUAGCCUCAACCCCUCUGACGGUCAGAAAAUGUGGCAAGACGGACCUCCUCAACCUCCACACGACCAUAUCUCCAAUCUACAACAUGGUCGACGACAAAUCCUACACAGUUACUAAAGCCCCAAUAGCGAAUUCUUCCGGUGGUAUAGAUAUUAACAAUACUACAGUUAUAAAUAGUGCUACGAUGGUGAAGAAAAGUGCUAAGAGAGAUAUUAUGAAAACAAGUCCAGAGAAGAAGAUAGCGCCGCCUGCGCAGGUUAAAUCGCCGCCCGCUAAAGUGCCGAAUACAGCGUCGUACAGCGUGAUGGCGCCACCAGCGGGCAUGGUGCGCAAGACAAGCCUGCCCACCUCCAAACUGCGGCAGUACAGCUCCCACAAGGAACUGAGACUGCCCGUCAGCUCCAGUAAUAGCAGUAAUUGUCCAUCAACGUCAUCAACUCGUCAGUCCACGGGACGUAACAUGGUGCGCCGCAACGUGUACGCGUCGAACCCGGCGCUCAGCCCCACGGCCUCCGCGCCCGUCCGUCGAGACUCCUACACCAUCGCCGUUGAACACCCGCCGCUGCGAGACGAAGAAGUAUCAGCUAAGCCGGUGCUAACAAACCCCCCAGUGUUGGUGCGGCAAGGGACUGAGACGUUACGAAGGGAACGACCGCAGAGCCAACUAGUACAGCCUAAAGACCUCCGCUCGGCGCCGCCUACUGGAGUGCCUGUUUCCAUGCGAAGUCACUACGGCCCUCCGCCGACAACAAGGCCGUACUCGAUAGCAGGCGCGACACAGCUACGCAUCACUAGGCCGGCCUCUGGGCCUGCGCAAAAACCGGCGCCAGUGGCAACGCAAGCAGAGCAGCGCCCGGCCUCCGGUUCGGAUGCGCGAGUGUCCGCGCUACCUCGCCCCUCGAGACUCCCCGGACCAAGACGGACCCUACGACCACCAUCAGUAUACUCCGUAGCGCCGACGGCGGAUGUCGACCACUACUGACGUCUGAUCUGCUGUGCCAACUGGGGAAGACGCCCCCCCUAACGUAUUAACUAAUAAUUUAACUAAAUCUAGCGUAGCAACUAAUUCGACUGAACGAAACCCGGUGUCUUGACAUUUUUGUACCGCGUAGUGAAUCUUAGCUCGUUUUACGAAAAUAAAGAUGGCCGCGACCGAUUGACAGUUGAAAUCAAUGUUGUCAAAGUGAGAAAUUAAAGAAUCGAAUUUUGAAAUGGCAACACUUGAUUGUAAAUCGGUCAAGGACUAGUAUUUGUUGAGAAAUGUUUUGAUUGUCCGAAAUGGUGAUACAAUACACACGUUAAGGUGAACAUUUUUUUGAUAAAAGCAGUUGGAGUUUGACUGCGAAAUUUUAAAUUGAAACGGGCAAACCAAAUUGUCCGCACAAGUUUUAAAGUUUGAACAUUGCUUAGUUCCUUCAAAAUUUCGGGCAUCUCGCCAUAUCGUUUUCAAAUACCCCAAGUAGACGUUGGCAGUAUUAAGUAAUCGGUUUAUUUUUAAUAUUUGUAACAUGACAUACUGCCAACUUUUAAAAGCCGACAGGCACUGACCAAUCACUCAAUUGGGAGUAAAUAUUUUAAAAUUAUUUGAUUGUAUUUAUUAUCGUUAGACAAUAAUUAAGAGAGACUUAUUUGAAUGCAAAUAAACGUUAACUUUGUAAUAUUUUUUGUACUCAUUGAGAUCAAUUCACCGUGACAUUUUAAUCGCCCUUCAUUGCAAGUGUUUUGUUAUGGAUUCGACAUUGUAAAUUUUUCUAGCGAAAAUUUUGCUAAUGUCCUUAAUUUGAGGUCAGAAAUUCGCUUUUCACCCCUUGAAAAGUCUUCCAAUUUCCAACCUCCGCAUGUAAACGAAUGCUCUCUCAUCGUUCUCAUCAAGUGAAGCUCAAAAUUACAAAAUUUCUACCUAAUUCAUGAUUUGGUACAAAGACAUACAAAUUUAGAUAUUAUUCCUAUAUUGUUUACAAAUUUAGUACGUAGUAUAUGAGCGUUAUCUUUGGGAAUAGUUAUUUAUUUCAGAAUAAGAAGUUUUGCAUUUCGUUUAGAGAUUGUAAUCGUUUAGGGACGUGUAAUUUAAUUGUAUUUUGCUUUAGAUGUAAAAUUUAUUAUUAUAUUUAAAAUUAUUCUCUUAUAAAUACUAACUAUUGUAAUAUAAAACAAAAUAUUGAGGUAUACGCACAGAGCACGGUAACAAAUUUUGUAACAAAGGAAUUAAACUUACAAAAAUAACAGAAACGAUAGUUUCUAUGUAGCGGUUUAGAUAGUACUGCACAAAAACAAUGUGUUAUUCAUACAACUUCAUAUAAAAUAAACAUUGCUUGAAGAAUAUACAUAGACGUUGCCGCUUCUACUUUUUAUAAAUCUUUAUCUUCAACAUGUAACAUAUCGUAAAACUGUAUCUUCCUUAAAUUAUUAAAUUACAGAAAUCGCUUACGCUUUCGGCAUUCUUAUAUUCCUUCAACUUGUUUCCGGCCAAAUUACAGUAUUUUAUUUUAUAUAUAUGUGUUAUAAAUCCACAAGUAUAUACAGCAAUAAUAUAUUAAAAGCACCCCGUGAAGUCUAUGACAUCUCAAAUGUGAAGAGUGCAACAUUGUGUGUAAUAAUCUAUCGCGCAAUUGACAUGUCAUCGAUUUUACAAAUAUGUAUUGUACAUUAUUAUUACGUGCAAAUGUGAAAUAUGUACAGCGACUGAUUUUUGUAAAUGUUUGUUUCAUAGCUGUAUUAAAUUGUAAAGGCUAGUUACUUGCGUUGAUAUACGUGGCAUUGUCUUAUUAAAGCCUCUCAAUAAUUCGAUAAGAAAAAAAAAGUCUUUUCAUAAAACGUAACCACAAACUUUUAAGUUUUUAUUUCUAUGGUACAUUGAUUGUAUCAUUAUACCUUUCACCUUUGGUACUUUUAAACGUGUCGUUGUUUUUAAACGAUUCAAUAUGCGUUCGACCUUUGUUCUGAGGCAGUACUUACACGCUUCCUCGCAUUUUUCGUGUAUCGCUUUGACAUUCUUAACAAGAAUUUCUUGUACAAUUGUUGUAGUCUUGUGUGUAAGACUCAAGUCUAGAAACAUAUCCAGUGACCUUCAAAAACAAUCCUUGUCUACGUUGCUUAUAUUUUUUGUCGCCACUCUACGUAAGCACGAAAAAUUACUAAGUCUGGCCACGAUCGUAUAGGUAUAUCUCUUUGGAAAGAAACAACAUCAUCCUAUCGUGUUUCCCGUUUUAAUUUCAGAGUUCGCUUAUCUAGCCUGACGUUAUUGGGUUCAGAGCUAUUCACACCGAUUACAGCCGUAAGGCCCAGGUGCUUUUUAAAAUCCAAAUCUCAUUGUUAAUAAUAACCCUGAUACCAGGGUUGAUGCGGUUGGUAAUUCACCUCACAACCCACACGAUAGAAGAAGAAGAGAUUGUUUAAUUAUUGUGUCUAGAAAUCUGGGCCUCAUGAGGUUAUAGAAGCAACUGUCAAUUUGCCCUAAUUUCCCCAGAUGACUGAAAUACAUAAAAGAAAAAUAUUUUAUAAGGCCAUAUAUCAUCUCACUGAUGGAUGUUAUCAGCCUGCCCUAUCCCACUCUUAGUACCUAUACACUUAGAUACAUACGCAUGUAUUCCUCUUGCACUCAUCUCUGUCAGUCAAUAGAUGAUGAUAAUAUGAUAAUAAAGUCAAUGUCAUGAUAGCAACGCAGAAACAGCCCGUGUCCGCUCCUCGCGCCGGCCCGCUGACAUAUCCGUCGUCGAACUCACACGACGUGCCUUAUUUAGGUAGACUAAGGAAUUUUGUUUUCAUUUUCUAAUAAAACUAUGUAUUUACACAA